AACUGAGGUGAGGUGACAACGUGGAAUUUUUUCUACAUUACAUCAUUUUAAAUAUCUCUAAAAUUGUUUUUUGUCGGCUCAGUAUUUAAGAAUACACCGAUUAAUUUUUUCUCUCAUAAUAAUCAGUAUUUAUAACAGAACGGAAUGGAGGACACACCAUUGUUUGACCCCAAGAUUUUAGAUUUGAUCGAUUUUAGUAAAUGUAACGGAGAAUAUAAACCAAAAAUAUCCAAUAGAAAUCCAGGAGACAAUUUACAUCUUCGGCCAUUAUCAUUGGGAGAUUUUGACAGAGGAUUUUUGAAGUUAUUAUCAGAACUAACAAAAGUUGGGGAUGUUUCACAAAAACAGUUCGCAGAUCGGUUUCAUCAAAUGAAAGCCUGUCCCGGGGGAUAUUUCAUCACAGUAUUAGAAAAUACAGAAACUCAAGAAGUGGUUGCUACGGCAACAUUAGCCAUAGAAACAAAAUUUAUACACUCAACUGGUGCUAGAGGUAGAAUAGAAGAUGUUGUAGUUAGUAAACAGUAUCGAGGAAAGCAACUAGGAAAAUUAUUAUUGGACUGUUUGACGCUUCUAGCUCCUAAAGUAGGUUGUUACAAACUAUCUCUAGAAUGUAAAGAUCCUUUAGUUGACUUCUAUUCUACUUUCGGUUUUUCCAAAGAAGCAAACCAGAAUUACAUGGUCCAGAGAUUCUGGGAUUAAUGUAACUCCGUGAAACCUGUUUUAACUUUAACCAGGAAAUAUCACCAAAUUUUUGUGUCUUGAUUAUCGUCUGAUCUCGGAUAUCCAGUUUAUCAUUUGAUAAAUCCAGGACCAGUAGCCAUCAAACUUUCUUUUUUUUUGUUUUGUAAUAUAUAGUGGACAAUUUUUGUGCUGAUAUUACUUUUAGAGACCAGUAGCCAUCAUUUUUUUUUUUUUGUAAUAUAUAGCGGACAAUAUUUGCGCUGAUAAUAGUUUUUAAGACCAGUAGCCAUCGAACUUUUUUCUUUUUUUUUUGUAAUUUAUAGCAGACAAUUUUUGCGCUGAUAUUACUUUUAGAGAUGCACAAUUCAAAAUAUUGUAGUUUGCAAGGAAUUCAAAAUCACUCCAAUAACAAUCAGAGACUGGAACCUUUAUUCUGACCCCUGAGUUCACAAUCUGAGAAAGCUUUUAUUAAUUUUAUUAGAAAGUUUUCAUAACCUCUGUGACUUUGUGUUGAUGUCGCAAUUUCACACAAGUUAUUAGAAGUACCUGUAGAUGUUAAACCCAAGAUGUGGUAGUUUUCAUGCUGUAUCACACUAGUAGUAAUAGUAGUAGUACCAUAUAUGGGUAACUUUAUUUGUGUCAGUGUGGUCUAGAUGUAAACAGAAUAAGUUUAAUGAGCUAACUUUUAUCUGCUUUGAGAUAAACAAACUUUUGGUUACAGUGUUAUAAUGUCGUCUGUUAUGGUAAUUUCCAUUUUAUCUGAUCGCAUGUUCACAAAGCAUUCUCAGACUUAAGUUAAAAAUUUACUCAACUUUCAAUCACUGUUUAUGAGAAAUAUCUUGAUCCAGAAACACAAAACUUUGCACAUAGUUUCUUAUUGAUGUAUUUGAUACAUUAAAAUAAAAGUUUUAUAAAGGGCUAUAUUUUAGUAUUACCAUAAGGCAAACAAUUUUGAGUAAAUUCUUAAGUUCAGUCUGAGAAUUUUUGUGACCUCAAGGCCAGGUGUUUUAAAAUUGUAUUUCUAAAGAUUAAGGCAAUGUUGAGAUAUAAAAUUCAAGCAUAUAGAACUUGUCCUAUCAUCCGAAUUUAUAAUCUAGCACUGAAUGGGCUCAAUCUGAUUAAAAUACAGAUCUAUAUUUGGUUUUGGUUUUUAUACUUCCGAUGGCCUACACUACAUGAAGAUCUGACAAGUUGUAGUGGAACGUUGCAUCAGGGGUCGUAAGAGCGGCUUUUGACCUUUGAUUAAUCAUUCAGUGUUGACGUUUCUAGUGGUUUACCCACAGUUCUGUCAAUCUCGCCGUAACAGACUGUUUUAUUGGUUAAUCACUCACUUCAAUCAGAACACAGGUUAUAUAACAACUCUUCCAGAUCCUAGUGUAGUAAAGACAAAACAAAAUUUUGAACUAUAAAAAACAAAACGAAAUAGGAUCUGUGUUUUAAUCAGAUUGUGAAUAAGCUCAUUCUGUCCAGGUUUUUGUUUACAAAGCAUAUCUCAUAAACAAUUCAAGAUAUCCUUAUGAAACUAUGUACAUCAAUAUAUGAUGUAAUAGUUUUCUUGGAUUUAAUCACUUUCACGUUUCUAUGGAAACAAAUUUAACAUAAUUUUUGUAUACAAGGGCGAGGGAUGAUGAUGAUUUCUUGUUUUGACCUUAAUCAACGAGCACCUGUCGGUUGGUUUAAGCAGGUUUCACUGUAUUGUUUUAAAUUUGUUGUAUAUGUACAAGCACCUGCCGGUUGGUUUAAGCAGGUUUCACUGUAAUGUUUUAAAUCUGUUAUAUAUGUAGAAGGGAUACGUUUUAUAUUUAUUAAAUGCCUAUUAACAGUAAUUACACAAACGCAGCUAAGAUAUGGUUAAUAGGUUUACGUGUGAUUUAUAUACCAUUAUGUUAAUUAAUUGAUAUGCUGUUAUGUUAUUUAAUAUAUGGUGGUGUUAAUCAAUAAUUGUUUUAUAUGUUAAUUAAUGUACCAUUAUGUUAAUUGAUGUACUGUUAUGUUAUUUAAUACUGUUAUGUUAAUAUACAGUUAUGGUAAUUAAAAUGCCAUGAUGGUAUUUAAUGUACCAUAAUGUUAAUUAAUGUACCAUAAUGUUAAUUAAUGUACCAUUAUGUUAAUGUACCAUCAUGUUAAUUAAUAUACCAUUAUGUUGAUUAAUAUACUGUUAAGUUCAGUUAUGUAAUUAAAACGCCAUAAUGGAAAUUAAUGUACAGUUAUUGUAAUUA